CUCAAUUCCAGCUCCACCACCACUCACAGGCAGCAAUGCAGGCAGUCCAGGCCGUUGCCGUGCCCACCCCUGUGGUGGCGCUGCCAGCCAGCCAGCGCACCAGUGCUAGCGCUCGGGCGGCCUUCCGCCCCGCCUGCAGGCGGCCCCAGAGGCAGAGGGUGCUCAGGGCUGUGGCCAAUGAGGCGGAGAGUGUGAGCGCGGCCUCCACCACGCCCAGCGCCCCCCCACCUGGCUUUGUGCCCGCGGUGCGGCCAGAGGACCUCCCCAAGGGCGUGCGCAAGGAGGUUCGCGUGGCCGGCAAGACGGUGCUGCUGUUCUGGUAUCGCAACCAGAUCUACGCCAUCGAGGCCAGGUCUCCCGCCGAGGGCGCCUACAGCGAGGGCUUCAUCAAGGCCAAGUUCACUCAGGACUUCUGCAUAGAGUGCCCCGGCACCGGCAGCCUGUUCAGCCUCAAGGACGGCAGCAUUGUGAGCUGGUACCCCAACAACCCGGUGCUGCGCAUGCUCACCCCGCCCUCCACCUGCCGCCCGCUGGAGAUCUACCCGGUGCACCUCGGGCAGGACGCCAUCUCGGUGGACGUGUCGGGCAGCGCCCUGGGCGGCUCCCCCACCACGCGCGGCGGCUCCGACACCUCUCUGGAGAACAACAACGUGUAUGGGCUGGAGCCAAAGGUGUAUGUGGAGGGCAGCCCCGUGGCGGAAGCGGCGAGCGCGGGCGACAGCACCAGCGUAGCCACGGCGGCCACCCUCACCGUGACCAUCCUUGCGGUGCUGGGCGUGCUGGUUGGCGGCUCGGCCACCUUCUACUACUUCUUCACUUGACUUGAAACACUGUGAGGCAGCAUGGCGCUGCUCCUGCCUGCUUGGGCAGGCUUUUCAGUCCGGACGCAUGGCACACCCCAACCAGCCACACUGUUUGUUCGUUUUUUGAUUGAUAACCACUCUCCGUUUGAACCGCGCUCCAUUGUUUCCACUUUCAUUGCCACCCCCCCAUUUCCCAAACAAAAGGGUUUUGCUGCUCUGUUUUGUUUCGAAUUUGCAAUUUGUGAAAAGAACACUGGGGAGCUUGUAAUCGACAGCAUAAGAUUA